AAGUGCUGUUUUUCCUCUUGGUUUCCCAAAGUGUUUUUUUAGGUUUAGUCACGAUGUCCAAGACUCAGCAGUUCAGCGUCAUCGAGUAUUGUUCCAGGCAGGAAAAGAACAGAUGCGGCUACUGUUGCAAUCCCAAUACAAGCUACAGCCAUGGAAUGAGCGCACACUCCUUGACUGUGCAAGAUUAUCAAAACUUGAUUGACAGAGGAUGGAGAAGAAGUGGCACUUACUGUUACAAACCCAUCAUGGAUGUAACUUGCUGUCCCCACUACACAAUAAAAUGUGAAGCUCUAAAUUUUAAGAUAUCCAAAUCUCAGAAAAGAACUUUGAAGCGCUUGAUUAAGUUUUUAAAGAAUGAAUUGCAAAAUGACGAAAAGACUAGUCCUGUGGAAAAAGACACAGUCAAAAGCAUGGAGAUUGCAGAUGUUCCUCAAUUUUCUGAGACAAAAGAAAUGGAUGCUUCCAAAAUGCAAGUUUCUUCAAUAUCAGAAGAGCUUGUCAGUAGUCUAAGUCCUAGUGUAAAUUGUAUUGAACUAAGUACAAGUAUAAGUAAGCAAACAAACAAAAAUGCUCAAGUAUCCAACUUAUCAAGUCAGUCAAUUGAUGCAUCAAAGCCAAGGUCUAGUAAAUUUUGUGACUCAAGUAUGAAUGUACAAAAGAAAGCUAAACUUAUACGUAUAGAGAGAGCAAGAAGUAAACUUGCAGCUCAAGGAAAAUCACCUCAUGAAAUUGAUGAAAUUGUAAGGAAAAAGAAGCUACAAAAAGCUGGUAAAACAUUGGAGGAUUAUUUUAAUGAAAUAAAUGGUUGCUCUAACAAAUUAGAGAUAAAGUCGUUAAGAGUCAUGUCUGAUGAAUUUCUCGAUUUACUCGAUGAUGAAGCUGAUCUUUUUAAGAAAUACCAAAUGGCGAUCCAUAAAGACACAUUGGAAGAUUGUAAUAAAUUAGCUUUUUUUGAAUUUCUUGUCCAAAACCCACUGCAGGAGUGGACGCCAGAUGAUGGUCCACCUCAAGGAUAUGGGGCAUUUCACGAACAAUAUUGGCUUAAUGGUCAAUUGAUAGCAGUAGCUGUGAUUGAUAUAUUGCCAUAUUGUAUAUCUAGUGUCUAUUUAUUUUAUGAUCCAGCUUACUCAUUUCUAUCAUUGGGGACAAUCAGCUCUCUUAGAGAAGUCGUAUUAACGCGACAAUUAAACAAAUAUGCCCCAAGUUUAAAGUUUUAUUACAUGGGGUAUUACAUUCAUACGUGCCCAAAAAUGUGUUACAAGGCAAAAAUGCGACCAUCAAAACUCCUCUGUCCGGAAUCUUAUGUUUGGUGUGAUAUUAAUGAUUGUUUGAAAAAGUUAGAUGUAUCCAAAUAUAGCAGAUUAAAUGAUGAUUCAAACGCACAGGAUGAAGAUGGAAAUGUAAACAUAAACCAGGUAUUGGUACUCUAUGAAAGGAAAGCCAUGCAUUACAGAGUGUGGAAAAAUCGUUUCCCCAACAGCGCAGUUGAUAGCCUGAUACGAGAGUAUGCAUGUCUAGUAGGUAAAAAAUGUGCUACUAGUAUGCUUUAUUACAUCAGAGAUUAAACGAAUAUCAUAAGGCAUCACUAUACAGUUUUCCAAAAAAAAAGCAUUAACUAAGAAAAACUAUAAAAUAUUCAUCUGUAAAAACUACCGUGCAAUUUGAAGCUUUGAAUCGUCAUUAAGUACUGUUACAGUAUUUUAGUAUAAUAAACAUUAAUUGUAUUAAAUCAUGACCAUUUUAACAAAUCUUAAAAUUUUUAAGUUUUUCUGUUUGUAGCUUUUGAUCAAUUCUUAAAAUUUUUAGCACCGCGACAAUACUACUUCAGCCGACUGCAUAAUAAUACGUUAAUUUUACAACGAACUGUUUGUUAUAACCAUAAUAAUAAUUUGUGAAGUGAAAGUGCUUGUAUCAUAAAUUAAACUAAAAUUUUUUUUAGUUUCAAAAAUUCUCCAAAAAAAAUUGUCAUAAUACUUGUUGAACUUAUCAAGGCAUAAUUAUAAAAAUUCAGUUCACUUUACUUGAAGUACGUGUAAACUUUUGUGAAUAUACAACGUAACAAAAAUGUAUAUUUUUAUUAAAAAAAAAAAAACAAAAAAAAAACGAAAUGAAUAA